AUGGAUAAAUAUGUGUUAUCAGUAUUUUAUCAGAACUGUCGUGGCCUGAAAACAAAACUUAAUACUAUUUAUAUGAAUAUUCUCUCUCAUAAUUACGAUGUCAUUGUUCUUACUGAAACAUGGUUAAAUAGUAAUAUAUGCGAUAGUGAAUUUAUUGAUGCUCGUUAUAACGUAUUCCGCUGCGACCGGGACCGCGACGGUUGCGGACGACGUGACGGGGGCGGUGUGCUGGUAGCUGUUCGCAUCGGCAUGGGCGCGCGGCCAUUUACCCCAACGAGCCGCGUCAAGUCCAGCAACUUAGAGACUUCAUUGGGGUCCUCAUCGCCUAUUGUUGAUAGUCUUUUUAUUGAACUACACACGCGUAACUAUUGCUGUGUAAUCAGUGCUAGUUAUAUACCGCCUAAUGUACCCUCUCAUAUUUAUAAACAGCAUCUGGAAGAUUUGGAGUCCGUGUUUCAGUUUGGUGAUAUUGACAGAUUUAUUGUAUUGGGUGACUAUAAUUUACCUAGAAUGGAAUGGCGGGACACUGGAAAAUAUUUAACACCCAUAUUAUGUAAUAAUUAUAAUUCAUCGUGCAUGUACCUGUAUCAUUUUAUUAACUGUUUUACUGUUUUCCAAAUGAAUAAAUUCAAAAAUAACAAUAACCGCAUACUUGACUUGUUUAUUACUAACAUAAGUGAUUGUGAAUCAUAUGCUGCUCCCGUCCCACUGGUACCUCCUGAUAAAAACCAUCCGCCCUUUUACGUGCUUGUCCCUAUAAGUAGUAAUUUUAUAUCUACUCCUAAUAAACCUAGGAUUGAGUAUAACUUUCACAAGGCUAAUUUUAUUGCUAUAUCUGAGGCACUUGACGAGAUUGAUUGGGCAUUAAUAUUUCACGGUAAAAAAACUGAGCACGCUACCUCGGCAUUCUAUGAAGUUAUUUAUAAUAUUAUUAAGAAGUAUGUGCCUACAAAAUUAGUUAAGACCACUAAGUUUCCCAUUUGGUUUAAUUCAGCGUUGAUUCAUAUAUUUAGGAAUAAAAAUAAAGCCUGGGUAAAGUGGAAAACUUACAAAAAUCCGUCUGACUAUGAAGAAUUUGCUGUGUACAGGGAUAGAUUUAGAAGCAUAUCAAAGAGUAGCUAUAAACUUUAUAUGAAGGAAGUGGAGGAAAAACAUUUCAGAUCAGUUUUUGGACCAAAUAAUGUUCCAUGUGACUUCGACGUAAAUAAUAUUUCUGACGUUAAUGUAAAUUCAGAUCUUAAUUUAACAGAUUUAUAUAUAUCCGAAACCGAUAUCUUGACUGCAUUGCGAGCCUUGGAUGUCACUAAAAGUUCUGGUCUGGAUAAUCUAUCUCCUAUUCUACUUAGGUCCUGUGCUUCCGUCUUGUACCGCCCGAUACAUCAUUUGUUCAAUUUAAGCCUAAGUGAAGGCGUUUUCCCAACAAUUUGGAAGUCCGCUAGAAUCACACCAGUCUUUAAAUGUGGCGAUAGGUCAAAUGUUGAGAACUAUCGACCAAUAUCAAUACUGCCGGCCCUGUCAAAGCUCUUUGAGAAACUUGUUCAUAAUGCCAUAUACCCUUCGCUGCACAACAUAAUAAUUCCUGAACAGCAUGGCUUCGUUAACCGUCGUUCAAACAACACGAAUUUGUUAGUUUAUACAACAUACUUAUUUAAAAGCAUUGAUGAAAAUAAACAGACCGACUGUGUUUACACAGAUUUUAGGAAGGCCUUUGACAGAGUUGAUCAUAAAAUCCUUUUAGAAAAGCUGGCUUUCAAUGGCAUUCGUGGUAAUUUAUGGCGCUGGUUUAAGUCUUACAUAACUAAUAGGACUCAAAAAGUUGCUUUCAAUGGUGAUAUGCUCCCGGUAAAAGACUGA